AUGAGUCAAUUCGGAGGUGGGCCCUACUACGGAAACGACGGAGGUGGCGCUGGUGGUGGGUAUCUCACGGGCGGUUCGCCGUUCGGUAGCGGUACAGGCAGCCCAGGAGGGGCUGAGAAGCGCACCGCGCUCUCGCACGCCAUCCGUCCCGUGACCAUCAAGCAACUUCACAAUGCUCACCAACAACACGGUGACGCGCCAUGGACCAUCGAGGGCGUCGAGACAGGUCAUAUGUCUAUCGUCGCUCAAGUAGUCAGUGUCAAGGCACAAGCGACCAAUACAGUAUAUUACCUGGACGAUGGCACAGGGCGUAUCGAAGCACGCCGUUGGCGCGACGCCAACAUGGACAAUAGCGUAGACCCAAAUGACCAAAUCUCUCCUGACAGCUGGGUGCGCGUUACUGGCGUACUGAAGAUAUACAACCAAAAACGCCACCUCAACCAUAUCACGCUGCAUGCUCUGACUGAUUUCAAUGAGCUAUGGUAUCAUCAGCUGGAUGUUAUCGUGGCUACCCUGACCUUCGAGAAGGGAUCGUCGACUGCACAGGGUGACGGGGACGGUCAAUAUUCCGGCAACGCGUCUGCUUACGCUGCCCAGUCUGGGGGCGGGGGUGAUGGAGAUCCCGGUCUCUCGGGUGUACAAAAGAUGAUAGUGGACUGGAUCAACUCUCAUGAUGAGGAUCCCGACGAUGGCUAUCAUAUUGGUGUCAUCUCCCGACAUGUUCACACCACUGAGCAAGCCUUUGCCGAUGCUCUGGAAGCACUCAUGGAGAAUGGUACCAUUUUCACGACCAUCGAUGAUACGCAUGUCGCUCUGGCGAGGUGA